AUGCUCAUGGGCAGCUAUCUUACGCCCCUAAAGCAACGCGCCAUUGACAACGACUUUCCAAAAGCGUGCGGCAUGGAGCAGAAGCAGCCGAAAGCGUCGCGAAGGUCUGGCUCGUUCAAUCCAGAAGCACCAACUUUCAGUCCAACCAUCGCCGAGACUAGCAUGUCCGCUGGGCCUGCAGGACCAACUCCGCCUACCAGUCCGCGACAGAAGGUAAAGGUGCCAUAUGUGUUCGACGGUAUGUUUUCUUCCGCGCCGACGUCACCACAUAAGACUGACAUGUAUGUGGAAGACUCGCCUUUCCGCCCUACUAGAGACAUGCGGCCCAACUACGAAGGCUACGAAGAGUUCAAUGCAGUGCGGAUGACGAGGGAGCUGCCAGAUCAGAAGGACAUGCCACUAGACUCUCUUCAAAAGAUGCUACGAGGUGAGACCAACAGCAUCACGAUGCUAGGAUCACACGCUGACCUGAUAGAUCACCAUAUCGCCUUGAAUCAGGAUCCACCUGGUGCAGAGUUCCGCAGCGGUCUUGCCAGAGAUUCUGUCAAAAGAUCCAUGCCACACCCUCUGCCUAACCUGUUCUCUACCCAGCGACUUCACUCAGACUCCAAUGCUCCUGGCGUCGACGAGCUGAGUGCAGGCCUCGGUCUGCCUGGUAUCUAUAGGAGGGACACUAACGUCGACUCACCAGCACGCUCCAACAAGUCACGCGACUCUGAAAUUCUGUCUGAAGAUCUCUUUGGUAAGCUCAUAGGACGGGCGCUGGACAAGCCGUUAACUGCCAAUGCCUUAGCACAAUACCUCAACGGCAAGAGUGCAUCCUCGGAUGACCUGGCUAACCUAUUUCGAGGACACAAAGGCUGCAGUCAUGACAUGUAUUCGGGAGGACUUACAGGAGGAGGGCACCAGCCUAUGAAACUAGUGGCACCGCCUCCUGGCUUCGCCGGAGAACGUCCUCGUGGGAUCUUCACGGAUGAGCGCAGUUCAGUUAAUCCUGUAGCUAUGGAGUCGUCAGUGCAGCAAGUACUUAUAGGUGCUGCACCACUUGGACAUCCACGACGCUUCAGCGAUCUUCAGUCUGUCAGCCAUGCGCAAUACGGUAGCCAUGCACGUGGACCGUCUAGAUAUUAUCGCCCACGAGCACUUACCCGCACCAAGCGCACCGAUCAAGGUCCUGAGCCUUCGCAUGCCGAUAUCUACCCCGAUGAUGCGAGCUUUAUGCCUCGUCGUCCAGCGUACCAACCCGAGCCUGCAGGUGUCUCCCAGGGUUACACUCCGGCCAUAGCGCCAGUUAGACAGUUCCACGCAGAAGACGGCAGAGUCUGGCCCACCCCAGCAGAAGUCUACAGGCAGAAACCUGAUAGUCCACCUAGACGUAGUGUCUUCGCUCGUAACGCUCCGUCCGUCGAAGAUUGUGCGCCAGAACUUUGGUCUCCGCCCCCUGCGCCAUCCAUGUUGCAGUACAUGCAACAGUUCGGAGAGCCCUCCCACCCCCUUGCCUUGAAAUUUUCCCUUCCAGCCCCAUCUCCCUCACCUCCGUUCAACAUCUUUGCAGGCCACUAUCCUCCCACAAAUGCUGACAUCCACGAACCUGACGCAGAGAUGGAGUGCCUCCUCGCUGUUCUUCCCGACAUCUUCGACCUCGACCUACCUGAGCUGCCCUGUGACCAGCGCCCCCUUACACCUGGUCAGACAAACGGCACGAGGUACGGCGUGGAGUUCCAUGAUAUCGGACUAGGCGACCGCUGGAAUUGUCCUGAUGCGCGCGAGGGAGAGCCGUUCCGAGUACGCCCCCGCGACCAUGAUGGUUGGGGUGGGUGGCAGUGGGCUAUCGACAAGGGAUGGGGAAAUGAGUAA